CGAAUUUCAUGCGACACUUUCAGUCGUUCCUUACAACUCACUAUGAUCGCUAUGUGUUAUAAACAUUUUGCGAAUUGUUCAUAUAAAUAGUUCUAAAAAGGUGAUAACGUGUGGAUUCGUGGAAUUAAGUAACUCCUUUAAAAAGAUUAUAGAAAGGUCGAAUAGUCUUCACAUAACAAGAUGUGUGGACUCGUUCAAGAGUAAAGCACUUUUAUAAAAUAAAGUUAGAAAAAAACGGAAAUGCCAAAACGGUGAUAGUGAGUGAAUGGAACGAGGAUUUAGUGAACGUUAGUGAACAAAAUGAAGUGGACUGUAAUCACCAUGUUCUCUUGCAUGCCUCUGCUUUUGAGGGUGGCGAACGCUAGUCGGGUACACGCCGUCAGUUUUCUCACCAAUUCUUCGUAUCAAGAGGUGGAAUUGAAGUCCGAAUCAAGUUUAUCGCUACGUGAUAUUCUACCAGUGAAAGCCAAAUACUAUGACAAAAAUAGAGCACCCAAGCUCUCUGGACAGCCCACUAUUGUUUAUUUCCACGUGACUGUUUUGUCAUUGGAUUCCAUUAAUGAAGAGAGUAUGACAUAUGUAGCCGAUAUAUUUCUUGCCCAAUCAUGGCGUGAUCCUCGACUUCGUCUACCGGAGAAUAUGCACGAAGAAUACCGGAUCCUCGAUGUGGACUGGCUAAACAAGAUCUGGCGACCAGAUUGCUUCUUCAAAAACGCCAAGAAAGUCACCUUCCAUGAAAUGAGCAUUCCAAACCAUUAUCUAUGGUUAUAUCAUGAUAAAACUCUCCUUUAUAUGUCAAAGUUAACGCUGGUACUGUCUUGUGCGAUGAAGUUCGAGUCAUAUCCUCACGACACACAGAGCUGUUCCAUGAUGAUAGAGAGUUUAUCACACACGGUUCACGACCUUGUCUUUAUUUGGAAUCUGACUGACCCCCUCGUUGUUAACCCAGAAAUCGAACUGCCACAGCUUGAUAUUUCUAACAACUACACAUCAGAUUGCACCAUCGAAUAUUCUACUGGGAAUUUCACGUGCUUAGCCGUCGUGUUCAACUUGCGACGACGCCUCGGCUACCAUCUCUUUCACACCUAUAUACCGUCAGCUCUCAUCGUUGUCAUGUCCUGGAUCUCUUUCUGGAUCAAACCUGAAGCAAUACCUGCCAGAGUGACCUUGGGAGUGACAUCGCUUUUAACACUAGCAACACAAAACACCCAAUCGCAACAGAGUCUACCGCCAGUUUCUUAUGUCAAAGCGAUUGACGUUUGGAUGUCUUCCUGUUCCGUAUUCGUGUUUCUAUCGCUGUUUGAGUUCGCGGUGGUCAACAACUAUAUGGGACCAGUAGCCACUAAGGCGAUGAAGGGUUACUCUGACGAGGAUCUUAGUAGAGAGUUAGAUGCUUAUAAGCACAUAUUUCCAAAUUCCGUGGACCCUCGUGCCAGUACCUCCGCCUCGAUCCCUCAAUACGACACUUUCUGCAACGGGAGGGAGACAGCUGUAUACAUAGAUCGGUUCUCUCGUUUCUUCUUUCCUUUUUCUUUCUUUAUUUUAAACGUCGUAUAUUGGUCCACUUUUUUGUAAAUAUACAUUAAUCCUAUCAACCAUUUUAAAGUUCCUUUUCUUGAUUCAUAAGACAAA